AGUCUGCAGACGGCCGUGGAUCCUCUGUUCUUCCCGAGGCUACAGCAACAGCCAGAGGUAUUCCUGGGGAGAUGGCGGAACAGCAUGGAGCACCUGAGCAGGCUGCAGCUGGCAAGAGCCAUGGAGGCCUUGGGGGCAGCUACAAGGUGAUCGUGUACGAACUAGAGAACUUCCAAGGGAAACGCUGUGAGCUUUCGGCCGAGUGCCCCAGCCUGACCGACAGCCUGCUGGAGAAGGUGGGCUCCAUCCAAGUGGAGUCCGGGCCGUGGCUGGGAUUUGAGUCUAGGGCCUUCCGCGGGGAGCAGUUUGUUCUGGAGAAGGGGGAUUAUCCUCGCUGGGAUGCCUGGUCCAACAGCCGUAAUAGUGACAGCCUCCUGUCCCUCCGGCCUCUGAACAUUGUGAGUAUGGUUCCUGCCCACUUCUGGGCGUUCCUGGAAGCAGGGCAGGCAGUGCACGGUCAGAUGCUGGCUGGAGGCAGGGUGACUGGAAGCAGACCGUCCACAUCUCAACCUUGGUCUCCCGGCAGGUGGGUUGGCUAUGAGUUUCCCGGCUACCGUGGGCGCCAGUACGUGUUUGAGCGGGGCGAGUACCGCCACUGGAAUGAGUGGAACGCCAGCCAGCCGCAGCUGCAGUCUGUGCGCCGCAUCCGCGACCAGAAGUGGCACAAGCGGGGCUGCUUCCUCAGCAGCUGA